AUGGAUAUCAACUCGCUACUAUCGCCAUCGGAUUCGCCUGCGGGCACCCCAACACCGCAACCCGCCCCUACUAUUCCGUCGCCGUCAUCACUCCGAUCCCCGGGCAAGCGUACACGGCGCCAAAUGCCGUCGCGAACACCCUCGGGUCUAAGUCAACAGAUUAGAUCCUCUCCGCAACCGCCCCAGACGCUCCAACAGCGUGUACCAUCCCCAGGGUACGCCCACAUCGCGAAUGGCGCAAGAGCAGUGCACAGUUCCAUGGGCACCCCACAACAGAUAGCAUCCCCUCGCGAUGCGUGCAUGACCCCUCCGAACCCCAUGUUCCGGCAAACAUCGACACCGGGCAUGGAUACACUGGCAGAUCUUGCCAGCAUGCAGCAACAACAAGCUGCGCGUCAGAACUCUGUAGUCCACCAGCGGCCUGUCACACUUCAACACCUCGGACAAAACCUCUCCGGUGAGUCUGUAGCCAGUAUCAUGUCCGAGGCUUCGCCGCGACCGCGCAAUUUCAUCACUCGCUCUCUGGAUCAACAGCACAUUGACUGGCUCAACCAACUGGACAAGACACUACUGGAAAAUCCGUUCGAUUAUUAUAGCCAUGUCUCACUUGUCACCACGCUGCACCAAGGCCUUCAAAAUCACCUUGCCUCGUUCGAUGCGGACCCAAGCGCAUACGAGCUGGUGCAAACUCUGCGCGAUGCCUAUAAAACCAUGUCUGACAAGUAUCCGCUUGGCGAGCUGUUAUGGCAUUACCGACUAAACGAUGAGAAAACUCUGGCCAAGGAUGUGGAGCAGCGCAUGGGCGUGCUAGAAUUGCACAAGCAAGCCACGCAAGAGGAGCCUUAUAGUGCAAAACUUUGGGCAGCAUACGGCGAAUAUGUGAGCUACCUGGUCGCUUGCUCUUGGGAUCAAAUGCCGCCAGAGGAGUGGCCUGAAGAGGAGAGGCUGAUUGGUCGGGAGCUCUUCCAGCCUCAGCUGUUAUUGCAUGCGCUGCAAGAAGGUGCCGAGAGAGUCAAAUAUAACCUCCAAGAAAGCAACCUCGUAUGGGACCGCUACUUGCAGGUCCUGGAAGAAGACCUUGAGAGAGAAGGCUUCAGCCAAGAGAAGGCGAAACGAGUAGCCGCCAUCUACAAUGAUCGCCUAGGUCAACCACAUGCAACAUGGGCCAAUACACUCAGCAGAUAUUCGUCGUUCAACUCUCGCUACAAUACGAGUCAUUACGAGCAAGUAAUGGACGAGGUGGUGAAAAACAACACACACAUCAAACAGCAAUACGCCAAUCGCGAAGAAUAUGAGUUCAAACUACUACAGGCUAUCCAGGCGGGCGACCAGGCUGCCGAGUACACCGCCAUGACACGGUACCUUAAAUGGGAGAAGAGGACUAUGGGUGUCUACAGCUUCCACCUCGUCAAUGCGCUCUAUGAGCGAGCCACGCUUCGCUUCCCGGUAGAUCCUUCAAUAUGGGAAGAUCACGUCGAGUUUCUUGUGUGGCAAGACAAUCGAUCGGUAGAUCUACUCAACGUUCUGGAGCGUGCGACUCGCCAUUGUCCUUGGUCCGGAUCACUCUGGUCCCAUAGAUUACUGACACUCGAAUCGGAGAACAAACCCUUUGAGGAUCUCGAACUUGUUAAACACACAGCUACUGGCUCCGGACUCUUGGAACAUACCGACCUAGACGAGCUCAUCAAGGUACAACUCGCCUGGUGUGGAUACUUGCGGCGAAGAGCUUUCGACGACCCCAGAGCAACAGAAGACGACGUGGAUGUAGCUGAGGUCGGGAUCCGGUCUGCCCUAGAGUUUGUCCGAGAGGUCGGCAUGAAGAAACAUGGCAGGGAAUGGACGGACCCGAAGUAUCGUCUCGAGCGUGCUCACAUGAAGUUCUGGCUUCAGCGCGGUGAGAUCGAUCAAGCUCGUCAGAUCCAGGAGUCGAUCACGAAAUACCAGGAGGACUCGUACGACUUUUGGUAUCGCUGCUACAUCUUUGAGAUGCUUCUGUGGGCGCCACACGCAACUAGGAAUAAGCAGAAUGCAGGCCAGCCACUAUUGCCGCCCACUCUGGCUACCGCAAUUCUGGAACGUGGCAUGAAGCGCUUGCAAACGAUCGAUCACCCAGAGCUGCUCAUCGACAUGUACAUCAGCCAUUGCGAACAGCACGAGUCAGCGUUGAAAGUACGUAGCGCGACGAUCGAGCGACGACGAGCCGAACGCAUCGUAUCUGUCCGGAGAGAAAAGGAACGGGCACUCGCGGCUGCCGCAGCUCCACCGCAGGGCACCCCAGACAGUCAGAUCGCGGAGAGCUCGACGAAGCGGAAACGAGAGGACGGCGACGAGGACGCAAUACUGAAGAAGAGCAGAACCGCGGAGACUGAAGAGUCUUCCCAUGCCGUCAACGGCCAGGCAAGAGGCGUGAGCGAAGCACCCUCGGAAGCUCGUUCUAAUGGACUAAAACGGGAUCGCGAACAUACGUCAGUUAUCGUCAAGAAGUUGCCACUCGAUACCACACAAACCCGGAUACGCCAAUUCUUUACCGAUGCAGGUACAGUCCGCAAUCUAGUACUGAAAGAAGAGAAGGACAGUCUUACGGCUAUUGUGGAGUUUGAGUCCCCAGAAGAAGCCGACUACGCUCUAAGUAAAGAGGCGAAAGGAUUCGAGGGCCACAACAUAUCGAUCGAGCGAGGCCAGAGCACGACACUUUAUGUUACGAACUAUCCCGCGCACGCUGAUGAAGCCUGGCUACGGAAGCUCUACAGCCCGUUCGGAGAGAUUAUUGGCAUUCGCUUCCCGUCGCUUAAGUACGAUGCGCACCGCCGCUUUUGCUACGUGCAAUUUGCUUCAGCGGAACAAGCGGUUGCUGCAACACAGCUGGAUGGUACUGAUGUUGAAGGAUUGAAGCUAAUUUCGAAGAUAUCUGACCCUAACGCCAAGAAGAAACGUGAUGGCGCCACCGCCGAGGGUCGCGAGGUCUACAUAUGGCAUCUCAACUUCAAAGUCAAGGAGAGGGAGAUCAGGGACGUCUUCUCCAAAUUUGGCAAGAUCGAGAGGACCAAGUGCCCAACUAUCAGGUCUACCGGCAACAAUCGUGGCUUCUGUUACGUUGUUUACGAGACCAAGGAGAGCGCCGAUGCUGCAGUGGCGGAAAUGCAUGAGAAGGAGUUUUGGGGCCUCAAGAUUAUGGUUGAGAUCGCAAGUGAUCGACCUGCCACGAAACCAAAGGUGCAGUCGACACUUGAGAACACGGAGAACUCAGCUGCUCGUGAAGGUACUCCCGGACAGAGUGAUGCUGUCGCCGAAGCCGCUAUCAAGCCUGCAUCUUUCAUGGACCGGUCCAUUGCAAUUCUCAACCUCCCUGACACUGUUCCUGACGUACGCAUCAAGCCGCUUGUCGAGCAGUAUGGCUUUAAGAAGAUCAAGCUCGAACCUCAUCAUGGUGGUGCAAUCAUCGAAUUCACGACUGUAGAGGGCGCUGGCAAGGCUCAGUUCGCACUUGAGGGCAAGGACUUUGAGGGAAGAAAACUGCGCAUCGGAACGAUUCAAGACCUGAACAAGCAGAAGGGAGAGUGGAAGGCGAGCAACAGCUUUGUACAGCCAAGCCGUAUCAACCGACCUACAGCGGCUCGUGGUGGACGUGGACGAGGAAAGCCUGGUCUUGGUCGUCCAACUAUACCAAAGGGCGCUACGACUACUAACGGUGAGCCGAAGAGUAACGCAGACUUCCGUGCGCAGUUCUUGAAAGAGCCUGCCAAGGAGGCAAACAAGGACAAUGACAAAAUGGAAGAGUAA